AAAUUGCUCACCAUUUUAAAAACACUUUUGAGCUAAUAAAUUGUACCUCUUUGUAUCCAAAGCUGCCUCAAAACAUUACCAUUGAAACUGAUCAGUAGCAGCACGAUAAACAAUUUCAAGGGUGGGAAAAUAGCAACCAAAAACCACUCCACCCUAAAGUGGAUGAACUCUUAAUUUACUUAGAAAUUAAGCAGAAUACAAUAAAAAAACACCACAUCCCAACUGUCUUGUGAAUGAACGUUCCACGAAGAAGCUCAUUCAUGCGGUUCGUCGCUUGAUGCCCGUUUGGUGGUCAGGCAUCCUAUUCUCCUUCUCCCUGUUACCACCGCCAAUCUUAUGUGAGCGUGCGUACGUCUUCCGUGUACUCUCACUAUCAACGGGCUGAGUCCCCUCCUCCCAAUGGAAGGCCCCAAUAGUGCGCAUCGAUACUUGGACCUCUUCCACCCGAAAGAGCACAGGGUGACUCGUGCCAGGGGUUCUACCCGAAUCAUGGGAGAUCUGUAUUAGUGGCUCGGAUGAUCCAUUAUGGUCCGCGUUCGUUAGCUUUGAGAGACGAUUAGAUUGGGCAGCGUUUUUGGGACAAUCUUCUAAGCUCGUAGUAGCCAUCCCGCAAUAUAUAAAGCUGCUGGGCGGUUCGGUCCAGUCAGUCAGCCAGUGUCGUCGUCUUCGGUGCAUCAAGCGCAAAAGUUUCAAUUCGAAAAGUUUGACUGUGUAGUGUGUGCGUGCACGUAAUUUAAAGAUCCCCAAGUGAUAAAACCAGUCAAUAUAAAAAUGUUCAAAGUGGUGUUUUCCCUGCUCGCUCUGGCUGCCGCCGUCUCGUUGGCUGCUCCCGCCGCAGAUGAUGCUUCGGCCAACAUUUUGACGCACGAAUCUCGCCUCGAACCGGACGGUGCCUACUCGUACAGAUACUCCACGAGCAAUGGUAUUCAGGCGGAGGAGAGCGGCAUCGGAGGACAGUCGGUACAGGGGUCUGCCUCGUGGGUCGGUGACGAUGGUGUUCCGAUCGUGCUGACCUACACCGCCGAUGAGAAUGGAUUCCAUCCGCAGGGUGUCCAUCUACCGACGCCACCACCCAUUCCGGAGUAUAUCCUUCGGGCGCUACGAUACAUUGAGGCCAAACAGGCGAGCCAGAACGGUGGCAAGUAGAUAGGGACAGCAAGGAUGUUCAAGAAUGUGGUUUUUGAGCGAUGGAACCACCGUACAUGCAACCUAGGUGGUGACCUUCCCGGUCAUCAUCAUCAUCACAUUAAACUGGCCAUUAGUGAUAAAACCCGAUAAUACUCGAAGCACAUUUGUAAAAAAAAGAAAUAUAAAACCUUUAAUUGUACCUAUUUGGCAAUUGCCUUUGAAAGCGAAAGAACUUAUUUCAGCUAUUAUUCUUGAAUGCUGUCUGUCAGGGCCAAAUUAUUCAAAUUCUUUGGUUUUAAAUAAUGUCAAAAAUCAAUAAUUAUAACUUCUCUACAGUCAAACAGAAUAUUUGGUAUCCUUUUCCUAGGUAAAAUUCAUCGUAGGUGGGCCAAUUAGUAACACAAAGCUGUAGGUGUGCUACCAGAAAGGAAGCUUCAGCCAUUUCAGCUUAACAUAACACAGCGAGCUUCCAAAGUCGCUAUGCACCAGUCGGUCAAUUUGGUAGCAUAUUUUAUCUCUUAAAUAUAAGUACCACCAUCAAAAAACACCGCAUGACACCCAUAGAUGUGACGAUUCGGUGUGAGCUUUGAUGAUCAGACACGCAAUUCUGUACGAGGCGGGUGUUCCGAAACAACGCGUGAAAUUUGAUACCGAUGUUACCGUGAACUGUUGGAUGCAACAUAAAAAUAAAUCACACCAUUUAAAGGUGCUGUGGGUGCGUGAAGAAUGGUACGAUACGUCUGGGAGUGUGUUUUAGAGCAUCCGGUAGUGGCUGUUAAGAUGGGGGAAAAACGAACUGUAAUUGAAUGUUCCGGAUGGCGUUUCUCGCUUGAUUGAUCGUUGAAGUCGUUCGUUUAAAAGGCAAAAUUUCAAAUGAAGAAAUAGCGAAAAAACAUAACUCUAUUGUAUCUACGGGGAGAUAACGCCUGAGGCACUACAAACACGUUUUAUCUCAUUGUCAUUCAUAACCAAGGUUGGCCUGUUUUGAUUAGAGAAACUUAUAAAAUUAUGCAUAUACACGACUUUUUUUAUAUAUAUAUACCAACGCUUGCGAUUAAUGGUAGAAGCUGUUCACAACCCAAUGGCUUUUAAUUCUUUAUUUGUACCACAAGUGAAAAGUUUUGCAGUCAAACUUUGAGUUGAAAGCUAUUAAUUACUUGGCCAAUUAAGGCAUGACGAUAUCACUCCUAUGACAGCCACUAGGAACGAUACUAAUCUUGUUACACUAACAGUAACAUUAAUUGAAUGGUAGUGACGAAUCAAUGGCUAUGCUUUUUUCUCACACUUUUUUUAUUGUUUUAGCCAAAGCAAUAAAGAUAUAGUGCCACAAAAAAGACUUAUUUUAUGAUUGUCACGCGUGUGUAACGUUUUCGAUUUGU